AAUUUUCUCUCUCUUAUAAAAAAAUCCCCAAAAUAUUAGAAAGAUUUCCUUUUUCUCCCUCUGCUGAAAAACCCAGACCUGGAUUCGAUUCUCUCACUGCCCUAACCUUCUACGCUACUUCUUUGGAGGUCUAAUGUACAUCUGAUGUGACUUGAGGAAGAUGGAUGAAAAAAAGGAGAUAGUUGAAGAGGUUAAAAGUGCUUCUGGUGAUUCUUUUAUUGUUGAUUCAGAUGAUGAUGAGCCAUCUGUAUCUGGACAAGAUGAUGGAAUGCAUCCUGAUGAUGAUGAUGAUGAUGAGCCAUCCGAAUCGGGACAAGAUGAUGGAAUACAUGUUGAGGAACCUUUAACUGAGCAAGAAAUAGAAGAGCUAGUUGCUGAGUUCUUAGAAGUUGAGAGCAAGGCUGCAGAGGCUCAAGAGGCACUCGAACAGGAAUCACUUUCCAAGGUGGAAAAUGAUGUGAGAGAGGAGUUGGCACAAAUGCUUCACCGUGAUGAUCUGGAAGCAGCAGUCAAAGAUGAGAUGACUACCUUCAAGGAGGAGUGGGAGACAGUGCUGGAUGAGCUCGAGACUGAAAGUGCUCAUUUGUUGGAGCAACUUGAUGGGGCUGGCAUCGAGCUACCAAGCCUGUAUAAGUGGAUUGAAAGUCAGACUCCAAAUGGUUGCCAUACUGAAGCUUGGAAAAGAAGGGCGCACUGGGUAGGAUCUCAUGUGACCAGUGAAGUUACAGAGGUAGUAGCUGAUGCUGAGAAGUAUCUCCAAAGCCACAGGCCUGUAAGAAGACGGCAUGGGAAACUAUUGGAGGAAGGUGCUAGUGGAUUUCUGGAGAAAAAACUUUCUACAGAUGGAAGCAAGGGAGAGGUGGCUGAAAAUGGAGAUGUUGAUUGGGACUCUCUCAAGAAACUAUUAUCAGGGGGAAUUGGUAAGGAUGUUGCUUCAUUUGGUAGCAAGUAUUGGGCUUCUGUCUACCUGGCCAACACUCCCCAUGAAGCUGCAGAGAUGGGGCUCAAAUUUCCUGGAGUCGAUGAGGUUGAGGAAAUUGAAGACAUCGAUGGUAGUUCCAGUGAUCCAUUCAUUGCUGAUGCCAUAGCAAACGAGAAGGAACUACUUCUUUCCGAGGAACAAAGAAAAAAUUAUCGAAAGGUCAAAGAGGAAGAUGAUGCAAGAAUUGAUCAAAAACUUCAGCUUCAUUUGAAGCAGAGGAGGCAUCGUAAGAGAUCUAAACAGGUAAUGGAAGGUAACGUAGAUGAUCUGCUGCCUCUGAGUGACAUUUCUAAUGAGAAAACUCAUGAAGAUGGGGGAGAUGUAUCGAGUAACCCUAACGAGUUUGCAAAUGAAAAUUCGAAGAAAGAUGUGUCUGAAAGUUCUAAGAACUUGGAUGUGGAACAACCAACUAGUAAUGGCAAUUCAGAGUUUUCUGAACCUGAUGUCAUUGAACACAGAAGGUCGAAGCGUCCAAAUGAGAGCGAGGAACCAAAAAUUGACGCUAAAAGGAUUCGGCCUGUUAUCAUAGACAGUGAUGAUGAAGAUGUUGGGAUAGAUAAAUCAGUUUCAACUGCCACUAAAGUGGAGAAUGAGUCAACUAUGCCAGAAAACAGUGGGGACUUUGGUGCUGAUGGCCAUCUUUCACAGGGUGUGAACAAGGAAUUUCAAUGUACUGCCUGCAAUAAAAUUGCUUUGGAAGUGCAUUCGCAUCCACUUUUGAAAGUAAUUAUUUGCAAAGAUUGCAAAUGUCUAAUGGAGGAGAAGAUGCAUGUGAAGUUGUUGCAGGAUUCUGAGUGUUCUGAAUGCUAUUGUGGAUGGUGUGGACGAAGCAAUGACUUAGUAAGUUGCAAGUCAUGCAAAGUAUUAUUCUGUACCACUUGUAUAAAAAGGAAUAUUGGUGAAGACUGCUUGUCUAAGGCACAAGCUUCUGGCUGGCAAUGUUGUUGUUGCUUACCCAGUCAGCUACAAAGAUUGACAUCUGAAUUGGAGAUAGCCAUGGGAUCAGGAGAUCUAAUGGAUACAAGCUCUGAUAGUGAAUCAGAGGACUCUGAUGCAGAUACAAACAUUGCUGCAAUCAGCAGUAAGAGGAGGAAGAAGAAGAAGAUACGGAGGAUUCUUGAUGAUGCUGAAUUAGGAGAAGAGACCCAGAAGAAAAUUGCAAUUGAAAAGGAGCGUCAAGAACGUUUGAAGUCACUGAAAGUACAGUUUACUGGCAAAUCCAAGGUGAUGAAAUCUGCAAGCUGCAAUGGAAACUUACCUGAAGGUGCUACUGUUGAAGUACUUGGCGAUUCUGCCACAGGUUAUAUAGUGAAUGUUGUGAGGGAAAAAGGUGAAGAGGCUGUGAGGAUUCCUCCAAGCAUAUCAGCUAAAUUGAAAGCCCAUCAGGUGGCAGGGAUAAGAUUUAUGUGGGAGAACAUUGUUCAGUCAAUUGGGAAAGUAAAAUCUGGAGAUAGAGGUCUUGGUUGCAUUUUAGCUCAUACAAUGGGCCUGGGAAAAACUUUUCAGGUCAUAGCUUUCCUGUACACUGCUAUGAGAAGUGUUGAUUUGGGAUUAAGAACUGCACUUAUUGUUACUCCUGUGAAUGUGCUUCAUAAUUGGCGGCAGGAGUUCAUGAAGUGGAGGCCUUCAGAAGUCAAACCCCUCCGUGUUUUUAUGCUGGAAGAUGUAUCAAGGGAGAGAAGAGUGGAGUUGUUUGCAAAAUGGAGAGCUAAGGGUGGUGUUUUUCUGAUUGGCUACACUGCUUUUCGAAACUUAUCUUUUGGAAAGAAUGUCAAGGAUCGAAACAUGGCUAGGGAACUUUGUUAUGCUUUGCAGGAUGGACCCGAUAUACUUGUUUGUGAUGAAGCCCAUAUGAUUAAGAACACCAGAGCAGAUACAACUCAAGCAUUGAAGCAAGUGAAAUGCCAAAGGAGGAUUGCAUUAACAGGGUCACCUCUUCAGAACAAUCUAAUGGAGUAUUAUUGUAUGGUUGAUUUUGUAAGAGAAGGUUUUCUUGGUAGCAGCCAUGAGUUUAGGAACCGUUUCCAAAACCCUAUAGAGAAUGGACAACAUACUAAUUCAACUGCAUAUGAUGUGAAAAUUAUGAAUCAAAGGUCACAUAUCCUUUAUGAACAAUUAAAAGGAUUUGUGCAAAGAAUGGACAUGAGUGUGGUGAAGAAGGACCUGCCACCUAAAACUGUCUUUGUAAUAACUGUAAAGCUUUCUCCUUUGCAAAGGAAGUUAUACAAGAGGUUCCUCGAUGUGCAUGGAUUCACAAAUGACAAGGUUUCCAGUGAAAAGAUAAGGAAGAGUUUUUUUGCUGGAUACCAGGCAUUAGCUCAGAUAUGGAACCAUCCUGGGAUUCUUCAACUCAGAAAAGAUAAAGAUUACGUUAGUCGUGAGGAAACUGUUGAGAAUUUUAAUGCAGAUGAAAGUUCUAGUGAUGAAAAUGUAGAUUAUAAUACAAUUAUUGGAGAGAAGCCAAGGAAUGCUUAUGAUUUUAUGCAAGGGAAAAAUGAUAAUGGAUUUUUUCGAAAGGAUUGGUGGAAUGAUCUUCUUCAUGGAAAUAAUUAUAAAGAACUUGAUUACAGUGGCAAAAUGGUAUUGCUGCUUGACAUUUUAACCAUGUGUUCUCUGGUGGGUGAUAAGGCAUUGGUUUUUAGCCAGAGCAUACCCACCUUAGAUCUCAUUGAAUUUUAUCUUUCAAGAUUGCCUCGACAUGGAAGAAAGGGGAAGUUUUGGAGAAAAGGAAAAGACUGGUACAGGCUAGAUGGAAGAACAGAGAGUUCUGAAAGGCAAAGAAUGGUUGAGAAGUUUAAUGAUCCUGAGAAUAAAAGAGUCAAAUGCACUCUGAUAUCAACGAGAGCUGGAUCUCUAGGGAUUAAUCUUCAUGCUGCUAACCGUGUAGUUAUUGUCGAUGGUUCUUGGAAUCCAACCUAUGAUCUUCAAGCCAUUUAUCGAGCUUGGAGGUAUGGCCAAAAAAAGCCAGUGUUUGCUUACAGAUUGAUGGCACAUGGAACUAUGGAAGAAAAAAUCUAUAAGCGUCAGGUGACUAAGGAGGGGCUUGCUGCAAGGGUAGUUGAUAGACAACAAAUACAUAGGACUAUUUCUAGAGAAGAAAUGUUGCACCUCUUUGAAUUUGGUGAUGAUGAGAAUACUGACCCUCAAAUUGAGCUUGGACAAGAAGUUAGACAAACAGAUGACCAGAACAUGAGCUGCCAAGUUGGAACUUCACUGAAACAGAAUUUGCCUCUUUCUCAUGGAAGCUGCUCUUCUGACAAGUUAAUGGAGAGAUUACUUGGCAAGCACCAUCCGAGGUGGAUUGCCAAUUAUCAUGAACACGAGACUCUUUUGCAAGAGAAUGAAGAGGAAAAACUGACUAAGGAGGAGCAAGACAUGGCUUGGGAAGUAUAUAGGAAAUCAUUAGAAUGGGAGGAAGUGCAGCGAGUUUCUCUUGAUGAAUCCACAUUUGAUCGAAGGCCACCCAUGCCAAAUGCUGUUCCAUCUGUACCUGAUCCAGGCAACCUGCCUACAUCAAGCAUGGCUGCCCCUCCUACUCCUGAGACUUCCUGUUCCAUUGUUGCAUCUUCCAAGGGCAUCUUAAGAAGUCGAACAGUGCAUCGGAAAUGCACUAAUCUUUCUCACUUGCUGACUCUUAGAAGUCAGGGAACUAAAGUCGGCUGUACUACCGUAUGUGGGGAAUGUGCCCAGGAGAUUAGCUGGGAGGAUCUUAACAGAGAUGGCAAGAUGGCACGCUGAAGAAUGCUGUCAUCUGUGUUUGUUCAUACAUGUGAUUUCAAAUGUAAUUUAUAAUUAUUAUUGUGAAGGGCAGCUGAUGUAUCAAUGUCAUUUAUUUCAGUAGGUAUUAGCAAUUACCUACUAUUUGUCAUUUUUGUUUAUCCAACAAGAGUUGGAAUUUUUGGGUGGGUGAUUGAUUGUAAAUUUAUACCAGAGUCCAGAGGGUGUUAAUCCUUUGUAAAUUUCAGAUUAAACGAUAUCUAAUGUGUAAUUCUUGAAAGCCAAACUCCAUUGUUCUUGGUGUGUAACCAAAACUGACACUUACAGAACUUA